ACUCUUUCUAAUUUAAUUCCAUUUUCUAAUUUUCUAUCUCUCUCUCUCUUCACAUUGAAAACACACAGACCAAAAAAAACAGAGAGGAAGGAGAAAGAUCCGAAAAAACUAAAACUUCCUCUUGAGAAAAUAUCUCACAUUCUGAGCAAAGAGAGAAAAAAAGGAAGAAACUUUUCGAAAUCUGUCUUGUUUGUUUGUUUGAUCAUCGUGAUCGUCGUCCUUCAUUGUCUGAAACUGCUGUGACUUUGUCCUUUUCUUACAUGCGACCCAUGUCAGACACUCACAAUGUUCAGAGCUCUACUGGGUCGAUUCGAUCUUCCCAAAAAAUCGAAGAUGCCUUUAGGAAGAUGAAAGUAAAUAACGAGAACGGAGAAUCUGAUCCGUAUCCAGAUCGUCCUGGUGAAAGAGAUUGCCAGUUCUAUCUGAGAACUGGUCUCUGUGGCUACGGAAGCAGUUGCCGUUACAAUCAUCCUACUAACCUCCCACAGGUUAUGUACUACAAUGAAGAGCUCCCUGAGAGGAUUGGACAGCCGGAUUGUGAGUAUUAUCUCAAGACAGGAGCUUGUAAGUACGGUUCAACUUGUAAAUACCAUCACCCAAAAGACAGGAAUGGAGCUGAGCCUAUAUUGUUCAAUGUUCUCAAUUUACCUAUGCGUCAGGGUGAGAAGCCAUGUCAGUAUUACCUGCGAACGGGAACUUGUAGAUUCGGAGUUGCUUGCAAAUUCCACCAUCCUCAACCUGAUAAUGGACAUUCUACUGCUGCAUAUCCGAUGUCUACUUUUCCUUCUCCAGGUUUACAUCAUGCUGGUGGAUUAGCAAUGAUGUCUGCAUAUGGAACUUUGCCUCGUCCGCAACUUACUCAGACCUAUGUUCCCGUCAUGGUAACACCUUCUCAAGGCCUCUUGCCUCCUCAGAGCUGGGCCACUUACAUGGGUGCAUCUAAUAACUCCAUCUACGGUGUGAAGAAUCAAGUUUAUUACUCUGGUUCCAGCGGGCCAAUGCCCAUGGCUGUGGCAUUGAACGGUGAUUUGUCUGAAAGAUCCGAACAGCAACAACAAUGUCGGUUUUUCAUGAACACUGGGACAUGUAAAUAUGGAGAACACUGCAAAUACACUCACCUCGGAGUAAGAGUUUCACCACCACAACCACUACCAAAUUUCAUAAACCCUUUUGUUCUCCCAGCGAGACCUGGACAACCAGCUUGUGCUAGCUUCAAGAGUUAUGGAAUCUGCAAGUUUGGACCAAACUGCAACUUCGACCACUCGGUGCUGCCAUAUCCUCCUACGGGAUUGCCCAUGCCUUCGUCUCUACCUAGUCCUUAUCCUUCACAUGUUUCAUCUAAUUAUCAGAGGAUCUCACCAUCCCCUAGCCGCACUGGUUCAAAGGCUAUGCAUGAUGAUAAGCCUGGUGUGAAAAAGAAAAUGUCAGGGACUGAGACGCAAGACGAUGAUUCCGAACAAGUGCAUGAUUCAUGAUCACAGCAACGAUAAACAUCAGCAAAUAUGGCUGGAUAUUCCUACUCAGGCUUUUAAAGAUCUCUCUCUGUCCUUUUUUGGAUAAUUUUUGUGGAAGAGGAGUGGAAGUGAAAGUGUUUCUCCUUUUUCUUUUGGUUUUUCUUUUGGACGAAAACUACAUAGGACCAAAACCUUUAUGUCGUAUGUAUAUUGAAACCUUUAUGUCGUCGUAUGGAAGAACAUGUUUGUUUCAAUA